GGUGAAUAGAAACAACAUGGCGGCCAUUCUGCCUGAAGUUGUGGAGCCCGUCUUGUUAUUUUGUGACACUUUUAGCCAUCCAGAAAAUGAGGUAAAGUAACAUUAGGCCUUUGAGUGUGUGAUGGAAGUGCACGUAUGAUUUCCACGUCAAUUCUACGGUCAUAGCAAGUAAUUACGUUCAAGUAUAAUUUGUAAGUUCACAGUGCAAGUGUCUCGUGGUGAUCUGCGUCAGGUUAUUAAGUUUGCAAACAGAGCAAAGACGACUUCAAAGCUGCAUGCUUACAUGCUAAUGUUAAUCCACGUCAGAAGUUCAUAGGACUGAAUUUCUGAAACGACCUUUCUGGCAUAACUACAUAAUAAGGGUCUUAAGCAUACAUGUAACUACAGAAUACAGGGCUUCUUUCUUCCUUUUAUGACAUUCAGGUCAGCAAAAUUUUAAUGUAUGUUUUUGAAGUUUACAGCGAAAUUCGCUGGGUUCUUGUGUUCCAUCAAUCAUCUUAGAAAACACAUGUUUAUUUGCACGAGUCUGAAAGUCUAUGGUUUGUGAUUCGUGAUUGGUGGAUUUCGAUCCUUUUUGUAUGUUUCAUGUUUUAAGGUUCAUUGCUUUGUGAUCAUCCUGUUUUGGGCAAUAAUAAACUAGCUAAGUUUGCUUCACAGAUUUUUCUGAUCUUUCUUAUUCCUGUCACUUGCUAGAAUAAAGCAACGCCUGCCUCCUUCAUUUGACAAAAAACCCACUCACCUUUGCCAUUUCCUUCAUUAUUCUUGAGCAGUCUAGAUCCUUUUUGUAUGUUUCAUGUUUUAAGGUUCAUUGCUUUGUGAUCAUCCUGUUUUGGGCAAUAAUAAACUAGCUAAGUUUGCUUCACAGAUUUUUCUGAUCUUUCUUAUUCCUGUCACUUGCUAGAAUAAAGCAACGCCUGCCUCCUUCAUUUGACAAAAAACCCACUCACCUUUGCCAUUUCCUUCAUUAUUCUUGAGCAGUCUAGAGUCAUUCUCAGCAUGUUACAUUGUGAUGUGCAUUAACCCCGUCUUCACUAAAAUGAUUGAUGGAACAGACAAACCCAAAAUCCCUUCGAAGUUUGCAAUAUGUGCAGCACAAUACAACGAAUUUCACUGUAAAUCCAUGCUUAGGUUAAACAAGAAGUUUUUUAGACUUCUAUGAUUAAUUAGAGCUAGGAAACAAACCAAAAUCUGAAUAAGACUAGGUUAAAUACUGAUUCAAAAUGAGAACAGGAUAUACCUGCAAUAAACUUUUCUAAUUGCCUCCACUACUUUAUAGGAAAUGCAUCUGGAUUUAGUUAGCUUUCCAAGGCCUGUAUGUAUUCAGGAAGUAAGAGUGAUACCUGCGGGACACAGGGUCCAUGCCGCAGUCAGCGAAAGGGACAAAAUGGGGUAUGUCAAAUCUUGCAACUUAAAAGUUAGAACUACAUACAUGUAUUGAAGAAGCAGUACCAUUUGAAAGAACUGCUGAGAAGGUUUCAUUUGAAUUGUCACACGAUGGGAUAUUAUUUUUCAGUCACAGACUCAAAAGUUAGAACCACCUCACAAGUCUCCAUCAUUUCAAUCUGUAGUUCCUUACAGGUUCCUCUAUCUUUUUUAUAUGUCCAUGGUUAGUAAUAUUAUUUUAUGAUAUUCACAUGUCUUGUUUAAGCACAUCCUUGCUUUGCCUAUAGUUCAUGCUGUAAUGAUAUGCCCAAUCACCCAUGAAUUUCUAAUACCUGAAGUACACCUUUUACCUGUAUUUUACAUGUACUCCAUUAAAACAGUUGGUGAAUGAACAAUAAUCAAUUUGAAAAAUUUCAGAUUUCUACCCACACAGUAUAAUGCAGUGUUAAUGGCUAUUUACUGAUUUAAGUGUCAUGGAAAACUUUUCCUAGCCAUAUGUACAGAAGUUUUAUUUGACCAAUAUGCUGUUUUUUUAUUUUCUUUUUGUUAUUUCGUGUAGUGAAACCCAUCCACCAUCUUUUAAGCUGGACCUGUUCAUUCGUAACCUUGACCGACCUUCAGAUGUGGUGUUUGAAAGACUUGGACAGUAAGUGCUUUCGUUUGCUCUUUCCUUCGUGUUUUUCUCUGAAUACAAAUUAAGACUUGUCUUAGGACGUGGAAAAGUAAUGUUAGUUGUGUAGGGAGUGUCCCUUUGUUUUUCUAUGUUAUAUCAUGGUACACCAUAACCUAUGUCCAAUUGAUUUAGUUGAGAAAUGUUAACCUUUGACAUGUGUUGUCUGUGGGACAAGGACAUUUUAAUUAGAAAAAAUACAGAGACAGUUGAAAAUUGACUUCUCAAACUCAUUAAUAAUUCAUAAAGAAAAUUCAAAGGAAAUUAAUGUUUAAUGAGUGUUUGGAUAUCUGAUGAAAAACUGCUCAUUUUUGCAUCCUUAAUUUCUCCUUCAAAAAUGAUUUUGUUUGAGAAGAAAUAUCAAACAUUCGACACAGUGUUUCAUCACCAGAUGAAACACCUCGAAGUUCGUCAAAAAUACUCCGCUGCGCGUCGUAUUUUCAACUCUCUUCUCGGUGUUUCAUCUGGUGAUGAAACACUGCAUCUCAUGUUUGAUAUAAUUAUUACUUCAAAUUACAGUGGAACUGAAAUUUAUCUACCUCAUACUUGACAAACUAAGGUUAAAUAUUCCUGUUAACUUUGCCAUUCCAAGGCCGCCUCAUUUUUUUUGCUCCAUUUCAGGUUUAGGAACCUGACCUUAGUCACCAGACUGGCUCGACUGUUUUUGAGUUUCGAGUUUUGAGCAAAACCAUUUGGACAAAAACUCUUGGGUUUCGGACAACCGAAUUAAAUUAAGUCCUUAUCCAAAGGACAAGUGGAUAGCAAAAUUUUUCUCUUCUUACUCUGAAUAUGUUUUCUUAUUACUUUUAACUAUUUUUCCACAUAGACUUGAAUACAAAGAACCAAACAACUUCCAGAUGGUUACAAAUUCUAAGGUGGGUUGUACUGGAGAAUUUUUCUCUCCUUUUCUUGCUUUUCUUUCUUUUCAGACUGGUUCAAAAGCAAUCAAUCUUUCUUUUCUAUUGGCGUAUUAGCAAAGUCUUUCCCGAAGAAAAAUCAGGUUAGCCCAAAUUAUAGCCUUGACAAAAAGCCAAUGCAAUGCCACCACUGGUUCCCCCAUGAAAUGACAUCUGAGGAAAAGGGGCGGGUCUAGAGGGAGAGUGUAAGAGGUGUGCACCACCCCCCCCCCCCUGAGAUCACCUGUGGCUUUCUAAUGCAACUGGAUAUCUACCAAAAAAAACACUUGUCUUUGUGGUUUAUUGGUGUUGAAGUAAAACAAGAGACAGGGUUGAAGAAUUUAUGUUAAACGCCAUAAAAAUGGUAGUUAAAAUGGUAGUUCCUUAGUGGUGCUCUCCUUCUAAGAAAAAUCCUGGAUCUGCCCCAGGAGGAACAAGUACAGAAAUUCCAUACUGAUGACAUAUCGCAAUAUGACGCACUACCUGCAUCUGGGUAGUGAGACUUCAUCAGUAUGGAAUUUCUUUAUUUGAUUAGUUAAACUGGUUAUUAUAACUGGACAUUAUAUUGUUGCCAGGGUGCCACUGAUGUUGUUGUGUUGCGUGGAUGGUACAACAGGAUCACCAUUAGCUUGUAUGGUUUCUUUACCGAUGUCAACCAACGUCCUCAAGAGCCACGCCCUGAACCAAGAGUAGAGAGGCCAGUUGUUAAAGUAGAACCAAAGCACCCCGAGCGAGAUUCCGAAAGAAUGGACCAGGCAUCUGAGAAGGCACCUUCUGAACGAGUCCCAGAAAGAGCUGAAAGAGCUCAUGAGAGACCAUUGAGAAGAGAAAGGAGUGCUGAAAGAGGUCCUUUUGGCUCUGGCAUUAGUGAGAGAGGCUUGAGUGAAAGACCCUCUGAGAGACUGUCAGACUCUAGGGACAAGUAUGAGGACCAUUUGUCUGGAAGGGAUGACAGGAGAAAUAUUAGGGAGAAAGAAAGGACUCCUAUGAAAUCACCACCAGUCACAAGGUCACCCUCAAGAUCACCCACAACUGUUACGGCUACUGUUGGUGAGAGUACUGCUGCUAAGCCGACUACCCCACCAGGAUCACCCAGGGAGGAGGUUCAUAUGAUUAUUUUAAGUUGUUUUAACCAACAGCAGAUACAUGUAGCUCUCUUAAGCUUUGUUCACAUCACACCGAGUAGCUUUUUUGCCGUCACAAAAACCAUACCAGUUAAGGCUUCUGUUCUCACAUAAGAAUGGUGAUUUUAACAGGAUUUCCAUAACAGAUCGAAGCUGUGUUGGGCCAAUCUCUAAAGUGGAGGGUCAUAUUUUGUAGAGAUUUUCCUACUAUACUGAAUAGCUUUUUGUGUCAGCAUGAAAAGCUACAUGUAUCAAGUAUGGUGUGAUCAGUCUUACUCCCUUUUUAGAGGCGCUGCCAGGGUUAAUUCCGACAAGCAACAUGGCCCAAAAAGUAGCGACAGUGCGUAAAAUGAAAUCGCGACAAGAGACAACCUCCCUUGGCCAAAUUGUGAUGGUGACGGCAAAGCCGACAAGAAGCGACAAGCAUUUAUAAACACCGACACGAGACGUUUUAAAAUUCAGACUGGCGACAUGGGACCCCUCCCUCCAUGGCAGGGCCUCUUUUUACCCACAAGUUGAUAGAAUUUUUGGUUUGUUUUUUUUACUAAGAUUUUAUGGAUUUCCUAAAAAAGUGGAACUUCCUUAGAAUGUGAAGUUUUUUACAGUAAGACUUCAAGAAAAUGACAAAUUUGCCUCAAUGUUUCUUAGCAACCUGCUGAAGAGGAAUCUGGGAAUCAAUCACAGGAUGAGUUGUUUGAGCCACUUACUCCUGACAGAUCUCCAUCAAACUUGUUUAUGUCUGAUGAGGAUGAUGUUGAGGACCAGGUUGGUAAAUUACACACUAUUUUAAAAUUUUCUUACAUUUGUAUUUGCUGAGCUGCGUGUGUAAACUUUUUAUUGGGCAAGAUUACAAUAACUCAUUACAACAUUUAAACCAGGCUUUCAGGGACUUCUUUCAGGGUUCAUACAGAGUCUUGAAUUCUUGAAAAAGUCUUGAAAUUUGCCCAGCAAUUUUCCAGACCUCGAAAAAGUCUGCAAAAUAGAGAUGUCUUGAAAAAGUGGUAAAAAGUUGUGUGUUUUUUUUGGCAAUCUACAACAAGUGCAUAACAAGUUAAAUUUUUUGUGUGUGUGUUGGUCAAGGCUGAUUCAAUCUCGCCUGUACGUUUGCAACGCAUCAUCAAAAAAGCUUUUUUCUUGUGUUUAUUAAGGUCUCUAUUGAUCACCUAUUUAAUGUUGAACCUGGAAAAAGAAAUAAUAUUGUUAAUUUGAAAAACAUCUCAAAAGAGUCUUGAAAUUUGGAUCCAGAAAUCUGUAUGAACCCUGUACUUUGCUGCAACUUGUUGGCUACAAGUUUACAUUGAUUUUUAUCAAUAAUUAUUGUUAAAUAUUAAUUUUUCUUUUAAGUGGCAGUAACAAGUCAAGCCACCUGGGUGGUUGUUUGCCCCCUUUUUGAAAGACUUGAUGACAACCCCAGAGAGAAACAGUUAAUUCUGUUUUUCAAGAAUGUCUCCUGAGACACAGCUGAAGGAAACAUUAAGGUUCAAAGGAAACAAAAUUAACUAGUUUUUGAGGGACCAUUAAUUAGUUUAUUUGUUAUACUGCCCAUGAAGAAAAACCUGUACAUGUACAGUUUUAUGCAUCAAAGUAAAUCUUAGUGAGCAGUCAACAUUGGUGGGUACUCUGACAUCGUAGAUUUUGUAAUGUCAAAAGUCUCCUCCUGCUCAGAGAAUUUUGGCAGGAAACGGUUUUGCAUGUACAUUGUUUCAGUCAUACAGUAUCAAGUAGAGUUUUUCCAGUGUGAUCUUAACAUUACACUUUAUUAUCUUUGUUUACAGGAUGGCUAUGAAGAGAUUCUUAGUGAUGAAGAGGUUAGUUUCCAAGUGGAGUUAAAUUUUGAAAACCUUGUAGGGACUCGUUACAUAAAAUUUAUUUUAAUUCAAAUUUUAAUUUUUUGAAUUUAGGAUAUGGAUGAUGGAACAUUGGAUGAUGCUGUGAGUAUAAGAAAUAAAUUAUUUUUAUUUUUCAUCUAAUGUUUUAAGUUAGUUUUAGGUAUCAUAUUAGCAUUUCUGGCCAUUUCUGCUCUAGAGACUUUGUGACACUUUAAUUUUAGGAGCUGCUUCAUACAUCAAAAUGGAACAUAUAAAAACUCAAAGAAUGCAAUAAGUUACAAGGAAAAUGGGGCUUGUGCAAAUUCUCUUUUUAGAGGAUUAAUAUAAUGCCCUUAAUAAUCAAUUAAUAAAAAAUUAUUUAUUUAUUUUAUAUUAAUUUGUAAUUAAUGAAAAGGAAUGAUAAAUUUUGAUGUUGAUUUGUUUCAGGAUGUACAGUUUAGUGAUCUGGAUUUGUACAGUGAAGAUGCGUGGAUGUCAGUAUCUGUCAGUUUCAAUCCUUAUCAAUGUGACUUAUCACCUUUGGCUGUAAGUUAAUCAUCCAACCAUGACUUUGUUGUUAAUUUCCCACUGUUUCCUUAUGUUAUUGCCUGCUUGGAGGUGGAGUUAUUAGACUUGAUGCAUGUAACUAGAACAAAUAAGUGGUUAACCUUUUCACUUCCAGAUCACAUUAUGAACAGAUUCUUUGAUCAGUGUGAUUUUUAAAUCUGUAGACAAAAUCACAUGGUGUUACCACUCAAAUGACACAUAUUUUGUACAACUUUGGCGUACAGGUAGUGCUAUUUAUUUCUUAGAAUUUUAUGAAAAAAAAAUGGAAUUUUGGGUGGAACUUUUUAAGUCAUGUAAAGGUUCCUUGGUAGGCAUUUACUAAAAUUAAUACAUCUGUAGAUCUUAUUUUGUAUCCACUAGCCAAUGUUGAGGCUGCUUGCAGGCCAAUUAAAGAUUUGUCUUUAUAUUUCUUUUAAUGUCAUUGUUUUUGUUGUUGUUUUGUUCCAGGCUUUCAGUCCUCCUGAUUGCACAGAACAUGAAAAAGCAGUAGUGAAAGCAGGGGAUGAAUCAAGUAAGAUCUUCCUCUAACUCCUUUUUGCUUUCCUAGUCUAUGAUGAUGAAGACUAGUCUGAUGAGUGUUCCUCAUCAUUAUGACAGCUCAGGUAGAGGGCUGGCUCCAGUUGUUCAAACAUAAAAUAGCACUAUACAAUGCAUAAAUAAAUAGGGAAAACAGUUGCGUGAUCCACUGGAUAGAGAUUUAUCCAGCAGAUAGCAUUAUAAACCUUUUGAACAACUGACCACUGGUCUGCAGAGCAGCAGAUCACAGGUUUGAUCUCCCACGGUGGACUAGUACUUUAGGUCUUAAAAUGAGGCAUCCUGGGAUACCCAGGGUCAGUUAAUUGGGUUGGGGAACCAACAGAAGAAUCUGCUCUUCCACUCAUGUUUGAGAACUUUCAUUGCACCAUUUCUCCUGCCCAAACCAACUGCCCCUGGGUUUCUGAAAAAUGGAGAUGAGGCAGAAGGUACUGCCUUUUCCAUACAAAGAAUAGCAAACAGUGUCCUAAAUCAGUACUUAAUCAAUGACACAGUUGACCACUGGUCUGCAUACAUGUGAGCCAUAGCUUCAAUGCAAAGCCUCUUCUAAUAAUUAAUAUUUUUUUUCUUUUCCUAGCUUCACCAGAUGAACAGCAAACAAACUUGGUAUGUGAAGCUUGUCUCUAAUUAAAAAUUUGACAUCUUGAGUCUAACUUUUCAUUUUGCUAUUUUUCUUGUCACCUGUCUUUGGUUUGUUUAAAGUGAUAAUUUUUCUUGUGUUUUAACAAAUUUAGGGACAAGCAUUGUUUGAGCAAGUUGAAUUGUGUUGCACUUCUGAGAGAAAUUUAAAGUGAGUUGAUGCUCCUGUUUUUUAGGAAUGAUAAAUUAUAUUAGUGAUCUCUCCUUUCCAGCUUUAUAGAACACUUAUGACAUUAUUCCUUUACUUGCAGCCUGAAUUCCUUGAAACAUGAUCCAAUGAAUCUUGUUUAUAACCUACGUGUGAGGAUACAGCCAAUUGCAAAAAUUCUUGAGACACUCUAACUUAUUUGUGCUUAAAUGGCCUGUCCAUGAUUUUCCCAUGCAUGAUACCCGGCCCAUUUUUCAAAAAUGGCAGUAACAAACCAUGCAGUGUUGUAUCUUUAAUACACAGAUGUGUGACUAGCAGCAAUUUGAAGUAAAAAAGGUUGGAGUGUCUCAACAUUUUUUCAACUUGUUGUACAAAUGUAGCUCCCCAGGAAUGCCUGGUUAGGUUUUAGGAGGAUAAUUAUAUGUGCUAGACAAACCUCUAAAUUGGACCCUGUUUUAGACAAGUUUAUUAUUCCAAAUGUUACCCUGAAAUAUCCUAAUUUUUUUCUCACCUUGUUCUGCAAGAUCAUUUUUUCUGGCUGAUAAUUUCUUGCAUUCAAAAUUAUUAUUAACAAAGGAAACUUUUUUGUGCAAAGGAAACUUUUGAAAUGUGGAUGCCACUUAUCCUUUGUUUCCACAGAUGGAUUGAGCUACUUGAGGAAAUUCCGAAACUUCUUGUUCCAGGACUGGUGAGUUUUCAAGUCCAAUGCUUUCAUGUACAAAAAUUAAAGACUUUUGUACGUUUUUUUAAAGUGAAAGAUUGCCCAAGGUUGAUUAGGCAGGGAAAGUUGGUUUGAAAGUUGAUUUUUGUGUUUGGCGGGGCAGGUACUUUACUGUACACAGCCAGUACCCUGGUCCCAGCUUCUAAUGAAAUCCCAGGUUUUAUAGCAGGUUUAUUACAACAGUGCUACUGCUCAUGUAUCCCAGAACUCAUGUAUAGCUCCACAACAUACAUGAGAAAAUGUGUGAAAACCUUCAGUGAUAGUUUUGCCUGUACAUGUACAUCUGUAGUACUUUUUAAUUUUUUUCGCAGGCUUAUCUUACAAGGAAUGAACAGAGAGAAGGUGUGUUACUGUUAUUUAAAACUGUAUCGUACAUUCUGCAUUUUUUUCUAGUUUUAUAUACUCACACUUUACACACCCACUUUAUUAUUAACAAUAAUCAUUCACAUAAAGACCAUUUCCGCCUUCAAAUAGCAGGUGCUAGCGAGGCGGGCGGAGAUAAGGGGUACAGCAGUCAGUGGUAAAUUGCAAAUAAAUAGAAAACUAGAUGUAUAUAAAGAAGUAAAUAUAGUGUAAAUGUAAAUAUAUAACAUUUACAAAAUCAACCACUUGUAACAGUUAAGUAAGAAAAACUGUAAUCACUUCCCGAUCUCAACAACCGUUUAUGUUCGUGAAGUAAAUGAUGAAGUUUUUCCAUGAAAAGUUUAUUCUUCUCCGCCAUUAAUUUGUCUAACCACUUAAUUUUUGCCUCUUUUAAAUAGGUGUGAUGAAAAAGCUGAUCGAAUGGAUCAUGUAUUCACUUGAUAUAGAGAUGGCUCAGAAACUUCCUAUAGCUGUAAGUUUUUUACUAAAUCAAUACAUUCUCCUGCAUUAAAAAAACCUAUGGCACACUCUGCGUGAGGGAGUGAAGCAUGUUUAAGGUAUGAAUGAGAGAUUCAGCAAGGCUUGGAGCUCUUAAGGCCGGAAGUAGCCCAAAGGGUAGUUGAAGGAAGCAUGCAGUUAUGUCAUACUUUUUAUUCCAGUUAUACAUGCAGUACUGCACACUUUUAACGCCUCUUGGUAGCUUUGUUGUUUUGAACAUAGGCAGCCACCAUCAUUAUGGCAUUCUUAAAAAGUUGGUUGCAUUAAGACAUCGAGAAAAACAAUGGAAUUAGGCCCGGUUUAGAUGCCAAACUUUUCAUGGAUUUAACCCAAUACACUGAAUUAAAAACAUGAAAAGUUCCGCAUCUGAAUCAAUUAGAAACACCCAUUUCAAUUUGAAAAGGCUUUACUGGUCUUCCUGCCUAGCGCGGCCAAGAAAUUUGACUUUAGAUCGACUUUGGAAUGGCUUUGAUUCAGACGCGGGACUUUUCAUGUACCAAACCAAUUGCAUAAAUUAUUAUUAAUCAGUGUUCUCACCAGGAUUUUGUCUUGGGGAGUCCCAGGGCCCCCUCUUCUGAGAAAUAGGGGCCCUGUAAGAACAUUAGGGGGACAAAGUUACAAAAAAAACGCUGUACGAAGAACCUGAGCCCGCACUCCAAAUUGUCUGUUACAUGAAGUACCUACCUGAUCCAAUAUGGCGGAAGAGGUGUUUACAAUUCGGAGGAGGAGGUUACGAUGUAGUGGGACGUGCGUGGGACCAAUGAAAGUAAAGGCAACAAAAUUAAAGACUUUGACUCAUUUGAUAUCAUGUUUUUUUAUUUAUUCAAACAAACAGAAUGCUUUAGUGUUAGGGUGACCAUUAAAACUACUUAAGUCCGUUUGACUCGUAGCUUGCCCUUGCGCCCUAACGGGCGCAUCUUCUUGGUUUUAAUGCGCCAUUUCAGUUUUUUCUUGCGGGAAUCCCGCAAGGCCAUGGCCUGGUGAGAACACUGAUUAAUGUAUUUUGUUCUUGGGCUACUAGAUUAUCUUACUUUUUUUCAUACAAAUCAUAUGCUGGGCACCCUGGAUUUCACAAGUUCAGAGCACUGGGCUCCCCUCAAUUUCUCUUAGAGCACACCCUUGCGGGUGUUACAUGUAUUUUGUACUACAUGUAGCAACCUCUAUCACUGUAAUAUGAAGUCACUUUCAAGUAUUUCCAUUCACAGGCCAAUAUUCGGUUGAUUAAAGCAGGACUUAAGCUGAUUGGUGCCUUGUGCUCAUGUGGGACACAUAUUGCUUCUGUGCUUAUAGUAAGUUAAUUUUCCUUUUGUAACCAGAAUUUUUUUUCUUUUAUCACCCUUAAGCUAGUACUAUGAGAUUAGACUUCAAAUGUUCCAUCAAUAGAGUACUAAAGUGAUGACAUCAUAAAAAUUAAGUCUCUGAGAUUAUGGGAUUUGUCAGGAUAUUCUGAAAGAACAAUGUCCAAGAGGCCUACACAAACCCUUCUAAAUUUUUUUUGGUCGACCCCCAAAAAAUUAGAAGGGUUUGUAUAGACUUUUCUGAGUAUAACCGCCUAACAUCUCGGAGACAAUUUGCCCCGAAAUGCUCACUUUUGGCAAGUAGGCCUCUUGGACAUUGUUCUUUCAGAAUAUCCUGACAAAUCCCAUGAUUUCAGAAAUUUCGUAUUUAUGACGUCACAAUUUGGUACUCUAUUAACAUGCAACUGCACUCUUCUUGGUAAAAAAGAAAAACAAACAAUAAUCUUAAGGACAAACAAUCUGCUUUAAUACUAGCAUCUAAGAAUGUUCAACCUUGAGCUGCAUAAUUCAGAAACAGGAUUGUUUAGGCAAAUUUGUGGCUCAUUUUAUUAGGAUGCAGGGGUUCAGGAAGCUCUUGGUAAACUUCUCACAACAGAGCACAUGUCAUCAUCAAUGAAACUACUCAUUCUGCAAGGUUAGUGACCAGUCUGUUUCUGCUUUUAGUUUUGUUCAGUUCCAGAAGACUCUGAAAGCCUCUGGCCCCUGUUGUUCACAAAAUGAACAACCGCCGCCUGGUUAGCUCAGUUGGGAGAGUGCCGGUCUACUGAGCGGGAGGUCGCGGGUUCAAACCCCGGCCGGACCAACACUCAGGGUCUUUAAAUAACUGAGGAGAAAGUGCUGCCUUUGUAAUAAUAUCUGCAAACGGCUAGACUUUCUAGUCUUCUCGGAUAAGGACGAUAAACCGUAGGCCCCGUCUCACAAGCCCUUGCACAUGUAUUAAAUCUGUGGGACGUUAAAGAACCCACACACUCUUCGUAAAGAGUAGGGCACGUAGUGCCCGGUGUAGUGGUCUAUCUCACUUUCACACUCAUGUAUGGGGGCAUCAUUACUCAUUCCUUCAUUACUUGUAAACUGCACCUUAAGCAGUCUGGCAAAGUCCCCCAACCAGUGUUGUAAAUUAUCCCUGAAAAGCCCUGAGGGGAGUGGAUGAUAAGAUAUUUACAAUUACAAUUACAAUUACAAAAUGAAUUGCGCUAUAAAUUACUAUCUGACUAAUAGACAGAGAUUUAUUUUGCCGAAAGAACUGUCCACCUCUCCAGUUGUUCAACUUACUGUGUUUUACUGAAGAUGCUUCUGUUUGAUCAUUCGAAAACUUCUUCAGAAACCCUUUUCUGGCAAAUUAUAAAUAUAUUAAGCCUGGUUCAGAUGCCGAACUCUAAUUCAAAUUGAGACCCAAACUAGAUCUGCAGAAUUGAUUCAGUACCUGAACUUUAUUCCAGCUGAAUGAAAUUAAAAAGGAGAGAAAUGCUCAUUUCAAUCAAACUGCAAAAUGUGUGAUAAUAAUAUUUAUUUUAUGCAUUAGGUUCAGGAAAUGAAAACUUUGGCAUCUCAAUCAAAGCUGUUCCAAAGCUGCUCCAAACCCAAAAUUCCCAGCCAGGCUAGGCAGGAAGAACACCUGAGCCAUCACAAAUUGAAACAGGCAUUCUUAAUUAUUAAUUCAGAUGCUGAACUGUUUAUUCACUUUAUCAAAAGUAUUAGGUUCAGCUCAUGAAAUUUCCAGAUGUAAUCAAAAACGCUUUACAAAAAUUUCAUGCAAAAUUAAAUACAAUAUUGAGUGGAGAAAAAAGUAAGAAAUAAAAUUGAAAGUGAUUUUCAACUUUUCCUGGAUGGGAAUUUGUAUGUGUCAUGCAGGGACACGAGAUGUGGGGGUAACAAAAUCACCUGUUAGUUACUUACUAAUGAUAUUUAUCUUUACAGCCAUUGACAACACCACUGAUUGGUCUGUUGGAAUGGAGCACUUUCUUGGAUGGGAUGUCAGUGAGAAGGUAUUUUGAUCACUAUUUAAUCAUCAUUUCUUCAUUCAGGAUCAAAAUAAUUAUGCUUGAAAUUAUCCUGGUACAAGGUUUUUGUCCACGGAACAUUACAAUAAUUACUCAAUUUUCUAAUGAAUUUUUGUCAUAAUGAUUUUUACUAAAAAUACCCCCCAGUGUUUCAUGGGCAAUUCAAAAUGACUUAUGAGCUCAUUGACUGUUAACGUUUUGUUUUGAACUAUUUAGGAAAAUGAAGAUGAAGGACUUGACAUCAAACAAGAAUCUAAGAGCUACCAACUACUUGUUGAGUUUCUUCUGGCAGAUCAGGUAUUCAAAGGAGCUAAAUCAAGGUUAAUUUUUUUCAUCUUACAAGAUGCAAUGUCACUGCUGACAGGUAGAUUUGUGUAUCAUUUAUAACUUUAUGAGAGCACUUGCAUCUGGUAUUUUUUUGUAAUUUCCUCAUAAAGCUGAAAUGGAGCCCUCAAGGUCAGUCGCAAAACUAUAAAAAAAAAUAAUACUUUAUUUCACUUUUCUUCCUUUUACUUGUGUAAUGUAGCUUCAGUAUUUUUUUUGUAUAUAUUGGGCGAACCCAGUUAAUGAUCAUGAUGUAAGAAUUGAAACAUUAGUUUAACACAACUUCUAUUAAUAAUACUAUUAUAGAGCUCCUGUUAAUCUUGAUUUCUUUUGACAAUCUUUUUUCAGACUGUACGUGUAGCAGAAGCUGCUUCUUCCUUAGCCCGUAAAGUUCAUUUGUAUGAACUGCUUGCACUUGUUCAGAAAACUGUAGACAAGUAAGAAAGAUAACUUUCUUUCCACCCAGCCCCCUUACCUUCAGACCUGAUUGUCUGUAAUCUAAAAUUCAUAAAAAAAUCAAAAUUAAUCUCAUUUGACCAUAAUUCACCUUACUUACCCCCCAAAAUUUUGCUCUUUUUGUAACCAUUGUCUGUUUAUAUCUCUUGGAAUGACCGUAAUACCCAGGAGAAACUGGAAACAGUUGUUUUGUAAAAUUUGUGGGGCGGUGGAUAAACAAAGUGUAAUAUGCUCUCAGUGAAAAUGGUGAAUUAAGUAAUUUUUUGGUGCUUGGUUGUGAAUAGAAAUUUUUGGCAUUUUGUGUGGUAGACAAACUACUUUAAUUUGGGCAUAAAAACUGUUUAUUCUUUCUUUGUGUCCAGGAUUGUGGAGACCACAUCCAGUUCCAGACCUCCAGAGGCUGAAUCCGAUUCAGCUGGAGAGGGCACUGAGCCCAAGGAGACAGCUGGUAUAUUGUCACCAGAAGGUGAUGUUACCAUGGCAACAUCAGGAAUAGUUAAUGCUGAACGAGAUCAAGCAUUUGAUACUGAGAAGUUGGAGAUAAUUGCCAGCACCUUUGAAGAGAUAUGUGUUUUUCUGUAUCAGGCAAAGAAUUUGAUUGUAAGUGUUGUAUCAAUGGUACAAACUUGAUGUAAGACAGUAUGAUUUUUAUACAGUGAUCCAAAUCAUGCUAAAAGCAUACUUAGGGUGCAUUCAAUUGGGAAAUCUAGAUUUAGAUCUUUAAAUCCGGAUUUCGGAUUUGCAAUCGAAUGCCAAAUCCAAAAAUGGAUUUCGAUGCUGAGAUAUAUGUUUUUGGAUCUCCUUUUUACCGUUCGAUUGGGAAAUCUGAGAAAGGAUUUGAAAAACUGUCCUUAAGAACAGCAGUCUUGCACAAGCACACAUUAUUAGCCAAAAAAUACUGUUGUUCACGAGAAUAGUUUUGCGAACAUCCUUUUUCGGAUUUCCCAAUCGAAUGGUUAAAAGGAAAUCCUGGAAAUCUGGAUUUGUAUUUCUUAAUUGAAAUCCACCCUAAGGACAGUUUUAUCGGAGGUGAAAUCUGUUUUCAGAUUUUGCGUUCGAUUGCAAAAUCCGAUAUCCGGAUUUCCUAAUCGAAUGCAACCUUAUAUUCAUAAACCUAGUAUAAAUUUGGUGUCUUUUUUGUUCUUUCGGUAGGUUAUUUUGUUUUUUAUUGUUUGUUAAGUCUGUCUAAAAAAUAAAUAAAUCAUAAUAAUCACAUUAAAAAAAGAAAACACAUUGUUCUUCACUUAUGGUCACUCGUGGUCCUAGCAUAAAAUUUUAAAUGAUCUUCCAUUGUUGAGGCUGCUAGUUACAUUGUAGAACAGCUUUCUGCAUUAUUCUCAACAUUUGUUUGCCUCUCUCUUCUACUACUACUGAUCUCAUAAUUAUUGUCUCUUAGACCUUUUGAAUACCCACCCAGGACGUCAAUUACAAUAUUAUUACAAUAUAUUAUUUCAAAACCUGAAUGCUGUCUCUUGAGCUCCAUGUGGGGAAUAUUUAAAGGUUUUUUCUUCUUCCUUCUUUCUCUGUCAACAAUUCUUGCAUCUUGGCUGGUAGCUCUGACUUCUGUCUGGUCAGCAUAUACUGGAACAUCCCAGAAAGCGGUCAAGUGAUUGUUUUCAUACAUCGGUUUGGACUGUGUUGUAUUAUCAUUAUUAUUAUUAUCAUUAUCAUUAUCAUUAUUAUUGCUAUUUAAUACUAAAUUCAUGAUUUUGUCACUUUUCACAGGUGCAAUCUCCUGUAAAGGCUUUUCCCACCUCAGCAAAGAUAACAGGUUUUGAUGCUACUCCCAAGGAUCCUUACCCUGUAAUGUUCCACUUCUUCAAAGCCCGGUGAGUUACACAAAUUCAAAAAGACCAUCUGCAUGAAAUUUCUUUAUAGCAAGAGUCUGAAGAUAUAUUAUUUUGCCACGUCCCUGUUGCCCUAGUGCCCCUGUUGUCCCAGUCAUCCCUGUUGUGCAAAGUCGUCACUGUUGUCCUUGUCACCCCUGUUGUCCCUGUUGUCUCUGUUGUGCUCCUUUUGCCCCUGUUGUCACUGUUGUCCUUGUUGCCUUUGCAUCCCCUGUUGCCCCUGCAGUCCCUGUUGCCCCUGUUGUCCUUGUUGUCCCCUUUGCCCCUGUUGUCCCUGUUGCCCCUGUUGUCGUUGUUGUCCCUGUUGCGCCUGCAGUCCCUGUUGCCCCUGUGUUCCCUGUUGCCCCUGUGUUCCCUGUUGUCCUUGUUACCCCUGUUGUCCUUGUUGCCCAUGUUGUCCUCGUUGUCCUUGUUGCCUUUGCAUCCCCUGUUACCCCCGUUGUCCCUGUUGCCCCUCUUUUUCCUGUUGCCCCUGUUGUCCUUGUCACCCCUGUUGUCCCUGUUGCCCCUACAGUCCCUGUUGUCCUUUUUGCCCCUUUUGCCCCUGUUAUCCCUGUUGUCCUUGUUAUCCCUGUUGCCCCUGUUUUUCCUGUUUCUUCUGUUUCUGCUUAUUUCUUCUGUUUCUGCUUAUCUGCUUAUUUUCAAAUGUUGGAUAUUUUUUUCUGCAGACGCCUUUUGGAGUCAAUUCUUAUUGUGAUGUCUUCUCCCACUGGAUGUCAUCCUGCUGUGUUUGCUCCAAUCAGAGACUUUUUCUUUUACUUGCUACAGUCACAAAGAGGUAUGUGAGUGCCCUCAGUGGCAACAGACUCAUAAGGGUGUGAAUGUUCCUUCAUCUUGAAAGGACAUCACCAUUGACUCACUGAUUCAUGUUUCGACAACCUGUGUGGUAGUCAUUUUCAGAGUUUCUCUAUUGUUCAGAAAGCUGUGUAACUCUAUCACCUCUCAAUCAUUAUUUCAGUGACACCACAAAGUAUACUACUACUGUAAAUAAUUAUGUACUUCAUGUUUGUGUUUCUUAGGUUUGCUGUUUCUUUCUUCUCAUCCUGACACAGUUAAUGGUCUGAUUAGAGUCCUCACUCAAACAACUGUAAGUAGUUGUGUCACCUUUUGUAAUAUCCCACAUUUAAUGUAUUAAUGACUCCUGACUGACUCCAAGGCUUUGGGGACAAAUUCCAAAUUUUACUUGGCUGGAUUGUCUCGUAAUUCCCAAAGAGACUGGAGCACAAAGAAAACCAAGCCAAAUAUAGAAGAGUGACUAGAAAGCCUCAGAGUCAUGUAAGGAUGAUAUUGUGGGCUAUUCAUUGGGAACUGCUCACCCACCCAUCCCUGAAAGAAUGUUAAAAGGUGGAAUCCAUCAGGAAAUUGAGUAAUUUUAAUUUUCAGUGAACAAAAACCUUGUACCAAAAUAUUUUAGGCCAUAUCGCAUUAUUUUUCACGCUUUUCAAGGGCUAUAGAUGUAAUAAGUUAUCUGUAAUAACACCAAAGGCAAUUUCUUAUGGAAACACAAGAAAAUAAAUCUCAACUUUUACUAGAAUUGAGAAAGCACAGUUAAAAUUGUCAUGCAUAAGAUUUCAUUCAGUCAAAUUUGAAGCUUUUCAAGUUUGUUUUCUCAGGCUCCCAUGAGAACCUUUUCUUUGGAGUAAUUUGAUAUAACUUUGUACAUUUUUUUUUUAAUUGCCCUUGAAAAGUUUAAAAACGAAUGCAAUAUGCUUGAAAGGCUUAUUAUUUUGGUACAAGCUUUUGCCCACUGAAAAUUUAAUUUGCUCAAUUUCCUAAUUGAAUCUGUCUCAACACUGACUUUGUACGUGGGGCGAAAUAUUGGGUAAAGGAAGGGGAAGGUGCAGGUCUUGGUGAAUCAGUUGAUCAGUAUAAGAUUCCCUGGAACUGACCACUCACCCCUCCCCUAAUGCAAUGUUAACACUAACUUGUUAUUUAGGGCAUAAUGUUGGGUGAGGGGAGAGGAGGGUAGGUGGUGGAUCCUGAUGGUGAUCACUUAGGUACAUGACGACUAAUUUUAUCUUUCAGGAAGCAGAUGUUCACCACAGUGAAGCACCAUCAUUGAACGUGAGAAAUGUUUAAUGUCUUGAUGGAUUCUUAAAAUUGGCUGGCAAAGCUAAUAAAUAAAUAAAAAUAAAUAAAUAAUGAUUUGGAGGUAGCACAUCCACAAAGUGGUUCUUUGUCUACCUGAUUGGAAAUGCUGGUUUUUGAGGAGAAGGGAAAACUGGAGUACUCGGAGAAAAACCUUCCGGAGCGAAGGAGAGAACCAGCAACAAACUCAACCCACAUAUGGCGUCAAUGCUGGGAUUUGAACCCUGGCCACAUUGGUGGGAGGCGAACGCUCUCACCACUGCACCAUCCCUUGCUCCCCAUUUAAGGCAUAAAACGGCAUUCAUGAUUAUUUUAUCCCUCUUAACAGAUAGUAGUUAUUUCAAAUUUCCUAUUUUUUUCUUUUUUAUCACUACAUAGGAAAUUCUAAGGGACAGCACUGUAGCUGACUCUUGUACACCUCAGCAUCUUGGGCUCCUGUUGAUAUAUCAUUUGCAGGUGAGAGUAUCAUGGUAGCAUUUGUAAACAGCUGCAGCUGUCAUAGUUUUCUGAAAAUAAAAAAUCCCAUUUGUUAGUCCAAGACCAGUAGAUUUUCUUGCUUGGCAAGUAACUUUUAAAGUUCACUUGCGUAAUGAGCAAAAGGGUCCAGGUAAUUAUAAGUCAUCUCUAACAUAUCUACAAGAGUAGGGGAUGUAGACCCUGGUGGUGUGGUCAACCUUCACAUCAUUCACAUCAUGCUUGGGUGGAUGCAGUAAGCUCAUAAAUGGACUGAGAGUGGCUGCCAGUGGCGCCUUUGUAUGCUAACAUCCGAGCUCUACUGUUAAACAUGUUAAGAUUAUAUUGUAAAGAGGGCAAGUCUGUUACCCUUUCAUCCAUGACUCCUUCCUUGAACGAAAUCAUCAACUAAGGCUCGGGGUGAGCAACAUGUGAGAGGUGCUUGCCCAAAGAACAAGCUGGAAUUCAAGUUUUUUUUUCAAGCCCUGUAUUGGACAAUAAUAUUUUACUUUUUCUGCUUAGUUGAUAGAGGCAAUUCUUUGUGUGAGAAAAGUUUUCUUAUGGCCAGGGGCUAGUGUGAUGUUCCAUCAGUUUAGCCCCUAUAGGAGGUGUUCAAUGGACAAGCAAAGCAUGUUACAUUUUUUUAAUCACUCUAAUUAAUGCGACCUUUUUUAUGUUAGACUCUUCAAGCAGUGGAUCAGUUGUUAACCUCCCUUUCAUCAGGUAAAAUUAAAAAAACCUGAAUCAUUACAUAAUUUAUAAUUUAUCCUAGGCAGAUGCACAAGCCAUUUUGAUAUUAUAAAUUAUAGUUAUGUGUAAAAAGCUAGUAUCUUGAGUACAUUGCCUUUCCAUUUUGUUAGUGGAUAACAUCGUACAAUUUAGACACCCAAGUUAUUUCCUGCGGUUUUGCUCUUUAUAAGGCUGUCACCCCUUUAAUUAAAGGCAGACACCUCUACAAGACAAGGACAGUUAGUAUUAGGCUCAACUACUCUUGUUGUAGAGAAGGUUGAUGGUAUGUUUUCACAUACAUUGUUCACGUUUUCAUGCACAUUAUGGUAUCAACUUUUUCUUGAAGGUAUACUACCAAAUGACAUGGAUGGUGCAGACAUGCUGUCUACUUUGCAUACCCUGUAUUCUAUGACAUUUACGGCAAUUGGUGAGUAAUUAGGCGCAAUUUCCUCCAUUCUUCUGAGUUCAGUGUUUGAUUCUUGCUUUUCCCCAAACAGCAGGUGGUAUUUGAGCCAUAGCAACUAAUGUUAAUACAUUUGCUUAAUAAUUUAUAAUAAUAAUAAUAAUAAUAAACAUUUAAAAUAUCAUUUAAAAAAGCUAAAAUACAACAAUUAAAAUACACUUAAAAGCUAAACUGAUAAAAAGUUAACAAUUUUUUUUUUAUUAUUUAUUUUUAUUCCUCCAAUUCCUAGCUGAUACAUAGUUAUGUAAAUAUAACUAAGAAAAAUAAUAUAGUAAGAGAUAAAGAUUUUAUCGUAAAAUAGAAAUUACAACACUUAAAAAUAUGAGUUUCAAAUCUAGAUAAACUAAUAUUGGCUUUUAACAAAGGACUUAAGAUUAUUAGAAAAAAAAAAAUGACAAAAUAGCUGUUAACAAUUAAUAAAAACUUUUGAUCUAUAUAAUUUUGAGUUUAAGCUUUUCUAGCCUUACUUGAUAUGUAUGUAUAACUGGAUUAAUUUUGUAAGAGUUGUGUGUUGAAAACACCUUUUCUGCAUUCUGGCCAGAGUAAAGAUGGUGAGUCAUGCUCAUCUUUCUUUUUCUGUGGUACUAUUUUAAACCUUAUAUACGACUGUGACAUGUUUCUGUGUCUGCAUGUGUUGCAUGAAACGUUGAUUCUGUCAUAGCAACUUUGCAAAAUAAUGUAACAAUAUUUUUGUCUUCUUUUCUGUUUUAUAAGGUAAGGCUGCAGUUGUAUCUGUUCUCAGUCUGGAUACCAAUCUUCGGUGUCUCCUUCCUUUUGUGGAAUCCACAGGUUUGUUUCAAAUUUUAAUUAUUUAUCUCUCUCUGUUAUCGUUUUAUGUACAAGAAAAUAAUGAAGAUGACAUCUUCAUUUUCGUGAGAUAGAUGAUUUUCAGUCAGUGACACUGGUGGCUUGGAAGAAAAAAAAGGCAAGUACCCCAAAUAGGAGUCAAACCUAUGAUCUUCCGGUCCUGGUUCCUCAAAAGAUUGUAAAGGUUAACCCAGGACUAAGCCAAAUCUCAAGCAUGGUUUUCUUGCCUAAGAACAUGCAACUCAAGUUUUUAUUACUGUUGAGCCUUUGCAAAGAGAUAAAAUAAUGAUAACACAAAAUGUUACCCUAUUAAGCAAUGGCUAGGUAUGUAAAAUGCAAAAAGAGCAAAAUUUUUAUCUUGGAUUAAUGUUAACCGGCCUUUUUAGGAACCAGGCCCAGAUUCUUUACCAUCAAGCUACAGGCGGUGUCACUGACUGAAAAAUAAUCUUUUUCAUGUAUUCACCAGGCUUGAAAUUCACCAUCACAUUUCUAUUAUCUUUAUUUUCCUUUCCUGUAAUCAACACACUACUAUGUUGCAUUUGUUUUCAGUGCUUUCCCUACGUUUUGAAGUAGGCAGCUAGCAAGGGAUUUGACUUUUCUUGCCAUUCACAUUUCACAUUCACAUUUCUAAAAAGCCAAAGAACAUUUCCUGGUACACGUGCAGGCACUGACAGCUUGCUUUGUGGUUCUAAUUUGUCUUUAGUUUGUUUUUAAGCAAGUUAACAUUAUAAUGAUUGAAUUGUAUGAAUUUAAAACAAGGCAUCAGCUAAUUUUUAAAAUUCAGGUGCGUGUUGUUCUACAGUGCCAGUAGUCUGUGAUCAGGGUAAAGGCUGGUUUUCACUAGAGUCGUAAGAGCACUUAUGACUCAGAAUAAAAAAUCGGAGUAGUAAGCAGAGUCAUAAGCAAGAUGGAAUCGGAGUCGGAAGAAUCAGAACGUUUCCAUUUUCUUCUGACUCUGCUUACAACUCCGUUGCUUAUGAUCUAGUGAAAACCAGAUUAUCAGAGUUGGAAGCAGAAGCGGAAGGAUAAACCAAUCACAGUGCACGUUCCCACGCUUUGUGAUUGGUUUCGUUCAUCUGCUUCUGUUUGCAACUCUGACAACCUAGUUUUCACUUGAUCACGAGCGAUGGAGUCAUAAGCGGAAUCAGAACACUGUUUUCACUAAAUCAUUAAGUCUUACACUUCUGAUUAUGACUCCGAUUCCGACUCUGUCACUAUGAAAACCAGCCUUAAGAAUUAGAAAUAUUCGUCAGUUGCUAUCAAGAUGUGGUUGCUUGGGGAAUUUUGGAAGUCUAAAGUAGGGGUAACAUUAAUUUUUUUAUGGAAGUUUUCUUUCUCAUUUAGGAAACGCGGAGGAUGAUAGUAAACUGAAGAAGUGUGUGUCAACAAGAUAUGCCGCUGUGUUAAUUCUUCUAACAGUGAAAUGUGAGUACUUAAAAUAAUUUAACAUAAUAGUUACUUUUAUGUUUUAUCACCUAUAUGUAGAAAUUAUACUAUGUUAACAGUCAUACCUGAAGUAAAGGUGUGCUUUUUUCCUCAGAGCAGGUGCCCCCCUCAAUUUUUAACCCUUUAAGUCCCAAUAGUGACCAACAUCAAUUUUCUCCUAACAAUAUCCAUAGAUUGUCAAGAGAUUAGGUGAUGAGAAUCAAUAAAAUGAUCACCAAAGAAAAAUUGCUGUGAUCUUUUAUCAAAUUCUCUCAACACAUUCUUUAUGGAAAUGUAUGGAGAUCAGUUUGGAGAAUUUCUAUGUAGAUAUUAAAGGGUUAAGAGGAGAGAUGGAGGCUGGACACAUGCUAGGAUACAAAAGAUUGCUAAGGUUUUGAAAAAAGUCAGAUAAUUUUAAAUUAUAUAUUUCAUAAUUACACACACACUACAAGUAGUAAGCUAUCAAUUCUUCAACACAAAGAUGGGAAUAAAACUGAAUAUGUUUGAUUAUUUGAAUGUAAUCUCUUAUUAUUUACUUUCGAGUAAUAAAUUUAGGUGGUUUAAAUAAAUCUCAGGGUAAGGAAAGUUUUAACGUAAAGAUAAAUAUCUUGACUACUGGAAUCAAGUCUUGUGUGCUGCUAGUGCUUAUUUUUGUGGUUUUGCGUUUAGUGUCUGAAAAUGUGGAAAUGUUAUCCACCCUGGCUCCCAGGCUCCUAGCUGUCACAGCGAGAGGUAAGGAUGACAUGUAUAGCUACUAAUAGUUGGUAGGGGUAUUUCAUGGUAUGGUGAAUGGCUUCCAAAUGUCAAAUGAUUCUGAAGUUUAGUUUUGGGCGGCCUAUUACUUGGCUUUUUAUCUGUUCUGUUCUCUGAUGUUUUUUCAGAUGACGCAGAUACUUCUGCCACGGAAUUAGGUAACUGGCUUGUGGCAUUGAAGGACAUCAAGUUUGACAUGUCAAGCAUAACCAAACUGGUUGAAUUUGUGAAAAGGUACGAGAAAUUAUUCUUUCAUGUGACCCAGUGUUAUCCUCCCUACAAAGUGCCAGAAAAAACAGUUCCAAAAGUAGUGAAAGUAAUUUUAGAAGAAGUGCUAGAAAAUUUCAUUCAUGUCCCUUCACUAUAUGGCUAUUAUAUGGCCUUAUUAUAUGGCUCUGAUUGGCUGUUUUCUUGUAAUGACCAGGCACUAUUAGCUAGGUGUCCAAGGCAUAUACAAUAGGGCCAUUUAUACGAGGAAAAAUAAGACGCGUCUUAAAUAAUACGCGAACUGUACCAUUUAUACGAGCAUGUCUUAUCUAAUAAGACGCGUCUUAGCUAAGCCGCGUCUUAUUUUAGACGAAAUGUGCCGUUUAUACGGAAAGUUCGCGUCUUAUUUACAUAAGACGCGUCUUAUUUUUCCUCGUAUAAAUGGCCCUACUGUGUGUUUAACUUGAUAGUGGACAUCCUUAUGGACAUGUUAUGGUCAAUUGACAGCUGUCAAAAAAGGGUAUCUGCUGACCAGUGUCACCUGACUGUAUCGCAGGCUCAAGUGUACGACUCAAUGAAUGUAAUAAGCAUGCACCACUAUCGCCAAUUUUUCCCAUAUCCCUACUAACAGUCCCAGACGUUUUGCAGAAGUUAUAUACAAAAAAAUAUACAUCUUUAUUUAAAGUAGCAGUGUUGUGAAAUGUUGUGAAGGUGCAUUACUCCAUUGAUAGCAAAUAACUUGACAAAACGGAAGACAAUUAAAACUCUUCAGUCUAACAGUUGUUCAAAGUUAAUUCAAAAUGUUUGCUCGUUGCUCUGUUUUGUUUGUAGUCAUUUGGAUGAGAUAAACACAACACCCAGUGUCACUUGUGGAGUGUUGAUGGCUCUCAGAGUUCUUAGACAUCUUGGCUGUUUGGAUAAAGAUGUUAACACUACUGAAGGUUGGUCAGUGAUUGCUUAUUUGUAUUAAUAAUGGUAAUUAUGGUCAAUAAUUAUGCAAGUGUUGUGUCAAAUAAAUUAGAUUUUUUUCUGGCAUACUAUAGCUGAAAGGCUUCUGGCUUGAUUAAAUCCUAACUGUAGAAUUAAUUUGUAUUCUUUACAUAUGGGACCUGUAAUCUCACUCACUCAUUGUCAAUGCCCUUUUUUACGUUUUUGUAAUUUGCAUUUUUUUAUUUGUCCCGUUCUUUCUCUACAGUUGUUCAGAAAGAUCUAAACAGAAAUUUAGCCUGUAUAGAGUUAUUCUCAGCAAAUGCCAUGGAUGUGUUCAUCACCACAUUUCAAAAACUUGGUGAGUACCUUCUGCGACCUUGGAGACAAGGACAACCCUUGAACUCCGGGCCACCGCUUGUCAUGGUUUCCAUGGUAACACCUCUUCUGGCACUGGUGAAGAUUUUAUUGACAGAAUUACUCAGCAGCGGCAAAUACCAGUUUAAGGAUACAAGACUGUUGAAGGCAUUGAUGAUGAUUCAUACUGUCAUGUGUACAGCACCUAUGACAGGCCAGCUUAGCAGUCUUGCUUACAAGGUAGGAUUGUAGGACGACUUAGGUUUCUGAGAAACUGCCCACCUACCCCUCCCCUAACCCAACAUUUUUUCCUUAGUGAGAAGUGUUAGCGUUGAGUUAGGGGAGGGGUAGGUGCAUUUAUGACGUGUGACAAUUUGAGGAGAUAUGCAUUAAUAUGCCUCUCAUCAGUGGUUGCUGUCAUUUCUUCAAGAUUCAGAGUGAAAUUGUUGGAGUGUUUAUGACAUUUACAAGACCAGUUGUUCAGUCCUCGGAUCACGAGGAAGGUAUGUUGUGUGUCUUGCAGCCGCGAUUGUUAUGAGGUUGUUUGAACUAAUCCACAGUACGUUUGAUCAUUGUAACUGGUGCCUCAAGUGGACUUCUUAUCUGUAAUAUCCUAUGCAGAUGUUUUUUUACCUCUCCCCCCCCUCAUCACUUCUUCCCUUUCUUCUUGCGUGUUUUGCCCCAGAACCCCAGGAACGACUUCAUUGGCCAAUGAGGUAGGGCCGGUGUUAUGUCGUAUUGCACUAUGGGACACGCAGUUUGAGGGAUAAAUGGGAUAGCGGUCCCCAAACUAGUCCCAUAAUGCAGUCUUACACAACUGCGACCUAGUCUCACAAACAACUUAAAAUUGGCUCAUUAAAGGUUGCCGAUGAUUGGCUUUUUCCAAUUGCAGAGAAGUAGAUUUCGAGUUUUCAUUGGUUGUGGAAAUCUGGGACGGUCAGGAAAAUGUUAAAUCCCAGAUCGUCUGGGAUUUUGCAACAUGUUAAACCCAUGGCUUUGACAAGAAGGAAACUUGAAAUUUGUCUUUUGCUGCCCAAUUCUUUGCAAUUCUGUUAGUGCAUGACUUCGUUUUGCGACGUUUUUUUUAUACACUACUGACAAUCUGAAUGAUUUUAACAGCUAUAAAUGAGAGUAUCUGGUCCUUGAUGUUGAAAGAACUUCUUCUUUAUACCACAUCCUCUCCCCAGGUAAGUGUUAGGCCUGCAAUUUAUUAUUUAAAAAAAACAUGUCCGACCAGGUUUCCGUUCCAGUAGAAACUUUAUCGGGCAUAUAAUUAUUAUGUUCAUUAUUUUGACUGUAAAAUUGCUUUGAUGACUUCAAAGGUGAAGCUAAAGUUCCUUAUUUCACAUCGCAUUUUACAGACCCCCCACCCCCCUCGCACCCCCGACUCCCUCUCUCUCAAUCACAGCUUAUUUUCACGGGUAUUUAAAGCUACUUAAAACUAAACGGAAAGGAGAGAAGUUGAAACAAGGAUUCCGGUCAUCAUGUCAGACCACAGUUAGGGUCUCGUCGGACAUGGGCAAAUUUUAGUCGGACAUUGGUCAGUGAGCCAUUGUUAUUUGUGGAUCUGCAUAUUCUUUCCAGCCUAGAAUGCCGGUCCAAAAAUAAGUUUACAAGUUUCAGCUGGUUUUAAAUUACCUUUGUUUUGUACAGACGUUUUUAGGAGGACUUGUCCUACUGUCAGAACUUUUGCCAAUACCACUACCUAUUCGCUGUUCAGAGGUACGUGCCAAAUACCGUAAAAUUCCGAAAAUAAGCCCCUCCAAAUAUAAGCCCCCCAAACCGGUAACGCAAAAAAACCCUCCGUUAAAUCGCCCCUCCAAAUAUAAGCCCCCCGGGGGCUUGUACUUGGAAAAUUGCCCUCAAAUACAGAGUAAAACAAAGCAAAAACGGUAAAUUUACUUCCAACUCUAUGGCUAGCCCAAUCGAUUUUGAAACGCAAAUUUCCCUCCGUAGAUAAGCCCCUCCGAAUAUACGCCCCUCCAAAAAUAAGCCCCUCAAAAAGGGCCUUUGAAAAAUAUAAGCCCCGGGGCUUAUUUUCGGAAUUUUACGGUAUUUUGUAAGGUCAUAGAGUUUUGUGAACUACCAAAGCAAUUAUUCCUUUUCACACAGUGUUAUUUGUGGUUUAACUAUGACCCCAUAAUGAACGAAGUGCUAGGUUAAAGAAUAAAUGUUUAUUUUUUCCUUUAUGCCUCUCUUUGGGGGCAGUCGUUCUUCCACAGUUAUUAGGUUUUGCCCUGGCAUUUCUAUUUCCCUUUUCUUGUGCUAAAUGAUGGUACAUACAAUAGACAAAUUUUGCAGACUUGAGCAAUUUGUACAAUUUUCAGCGCUUUCAAUUAAUAUCUAAGGAAAUAGCAUCCAUAUCGAGAACUACGCACACAUGCAUACAAACUCCAAAAUUCAUCAGAACUUUAAGUUUAAGCUUAAAAAAUUCUGUGCUCUUCGGGUAGCGUACGUCCCAGAAUUUGUUUAAAUAGUAUUCUCUUUGUCUGACAUUUUUUUGCAGGACAUACCUCAAGAAGAAGCGGGCCAGGUGAUGAACCAUCGACUACUAUGGAGUGCUCAUCUGAAUCCACUAAGCACUGAACUUCAGGGAAUACUUAAGGAUUUAGCAGGUAUAGUCAUGAGUUAUAGUCAGUGCGCCUAUGCUACAGCUCUGCAUAUCCCCUCUCGCCACUCGUCUGUAGACUUCUUUGGUUGUUUGGUACGCAGUAGACCUCUUUAGCUUGCAUGUUUUGUUUUCGCAAUGUAGGUCCAGUGAUAAAACUCUUGAGAACUGUUUCUUUCAAAAUUCGUCUUAUCCACGCGCAUGUGUAGGCACGGACUAUGAAGAGACAAGACCCUCCAUGAGAAAACAAAACAUGCAAGCUAUUGAGGUCUAUUGGUCUUCUUUGCGGGCGUUCAGAAUGAAAGGGGGAAGGGGGAGGGAGGAAAAUAGUGCGUGUGAGAACGCAAAAGGCAGGAGUACCCGUUCCUCUCCCAACAGUUUUCCCGCGGUAUUUCCCGCUCCCUUUGUAACGCCUUCAAGUACCAUAAAGGCAGUGAAAAAUGUAGUCCGACCUCUCUUCAUGGACUGACUGUGGUAGGCCCGUCAAAAUUUCGUUAGAGUGACCAUUGUGUUGUCAGAUUUUCCGUCCUUCAUAAAAUGACACUUAUUAGGGAGCUUAAACAACGACUUCAUCGACGUUAACGAGAACGGCAAAAAAGCAAAAGGAUUAGAUUGGCAAAACAACAACUUUGCACGUGCAUCAUGCCUUUUUGUGCAUUUCUUUCAUUGCCGUCACUGCACGACUACGAUGUGAAAAUAAUUAAUUUCACGUUUUGUGGAGGACGUGAACACAAGACAACAACUUUCUUUUUCUUUUUCUGAACUUAAUACGGUCUUCUAGAAUUCAGCUCCAGAAAAAAUUGCCAACAUUUGACGAACUGAACGAGGGGUAAAACAACAACUCUGCCCUCGUAUCGCGCCCUUUUGUACAUUUCUUUGUCUUCACUGCACGACUAAGACUCGAAAAUGCCUAAUUUCACGUUUUAUGAAGGACGGAACACAAGAUAACAAAUAUCUUUUUCUUUUCCUGAACUUCGACGCAGUCUUUUAGAAUUCAUCUCCAGAAAAAUUUUGACAACAUUUGACGAACUUAACGAGAUGGAAUAACCGCGAUAAAGUUCGAGGCAGCGGGACUUCACUUGUUAAGUGACGUCUUCAUAGCCGUCUUCGUCGUUGUUUCUUACGCUCCCUGAAGUUGUUACUUUGCAUUACUGCAAUUUACUUAGAAGAUACGUGUGUCUAACAAUGUUAGAAUUUAAGGCGACCCAGGUGGCGUCUGGUUAAUACUGUCUGUAAGCGGUUAGUUUUAUUAUAGUAGAAUCUGUCUUGGUAAACUUCAUGACUGAUCAUCUGAUGUUAACACUAACAAAAUAUGAAAACCUAAUUACAGGUUCAGCAUGUCACAACUUGCAGCAGGUUAUGAGAAAAGUUUGCUCACAGCUGUCGGAUCUCUCUGCUCCCACAGCUUUCAACAUUGUCAGGUAAUGUCUGCGCGUUUAUUAUACUAGCGGUGGGGAGACUGAAUUGUUUACGACACCUUCUCAAACUCAUUAAUAAUUCAUAAAGAAAAUACAAAGAAAAUUAAUGUUUAAUGAGUGUUUGGAAAUCGGAUGAAAAACUGCUCAGUAUUUGCAUCCUUAAUUUCUCCUUCAAAAAUGAUUUUGUUUGAGAAGAAAUAUCAAACAUUCGACACAGUGUUUCAUCACCAGAUGAAACACCUCGAAGUUCGUCAAAAAUACUCCGCUGCGCGUCGUAUUUUCAACUCUCUUCUCGGUGUUUCAUCUGGUGAUGAAACACUGCAUCUCAUGUUUGAUAUAUUACAUGAAACACUGCGUCUCAUGUUUGAUAUAUUACAUAAACGCUUAUAAGCUCCCCCUGUCAUAACCACUACAUGAAAAACGCAUGUUGAUGAGCACUGCUAUAGCUUGUUUGGGUCAAUUUAGGUUUCUGGAAACUGCAAAGCUUCCCCUCCCCUAACCCAAUAUUUUGUCCUAAGUGAGAAGUAAGUGUUAAUAUUGACUUAGGGGAGGGGUAGGUGGGCAGUUUCCCGGAAACCUAAAUUGAUCCCCUUGUUUCGAUGUGCUUUUUUCUAUUGCGGUUAUAAGCCCCCUGGGAUAUAAGCCCCUUGGGAUAUAAGCCCCCUGGGAUAUAAGCCCUCUAGGAACCCCUUACGGAGACGUAUGAGUCCGUGAGGCCCGUUUCUCCUUUUCGAGCUCGAAUGUAAAUUUUAAACUCAAAACUUGUUGAAUAGUAGCACAGUUCCUAGUUCAUAAACCGGUCAAUUUUGCGUCGUUAACAGUUUUCCAAUGAUGAGAAAUCUGAAGGAAGAGUGUAAAACUUUAUAUUCGGCUAUAAAAUUCAAGUACAAAUUUAGUUUCAUUGUAUCAUUGUCAAAGUUAUUGAAAGUUUGAUCUUGAAUGUAAAACUAAACGGAAAGGAGAAACACAUGGUGCUAUUUAUAUUUAGUAUGUAGUUUUAACUUUACAAUCUUAUGAUGAAAUACCAUGGUGUUACCAUUCAAAUGAAACCUCUUCAGCAGUACUUUCAUUUGGCACUUUUUAUUUAGUCUGUGGAUGAAAUCCUAUGGUGAUACCAUUCAAAUAUAACUUCUUUGGCAGUUCUUUUGGAAGGUGCUUUUUAUUUCUUAGGAUUUUACAAAAAUUGAAUUGUUUGUAAUUUUUUCCUUCGGGGACUGUUAGGAGCAAGAUGUAUUCAGCUAACUAACAUUGCUUCUGGUCGUCGGGGCUCUGGCGACCGCUGACCAUCUACUGUUUAACCAAACAUUUACUGUAUUGUUUGACAGAACUCUGCUGGAGACUCUGGACAGUGAGAUGAGUAAAACAAAUACAGAAGACAACAGGUGAGUGAAAAAACCCGGCUAGUUGCUAAAAAGGGGACGAGACGAGUAAAGAACCAAAGCCUCUUCCCUUGAAUUUUCUGGUACUGAAUACUCUGUGUGGAUAUUCGAAAGCUUUAUUGCCGGCGACCAUAGAGAGCCCGUAAUCCUAAUCUCUAGGUUGCUAUUAUGCAACAACAUUCGUUUGGACUUCUACCAAGGAUGAGUGGCGUGUAAUCUGGUCAGGCUCCGUGUUUUGGCCUUCUAUCACGCGAAAACUGCCCAAAAUACCGUGUUAUAGCUAGAGCAAGACCGUUUUGACCUUCGAUUCGAUCUUGCCUUCACUCCUUAACCUGUGGUUAUUACCAGCUGAUUUCCUGGUUAUCAAAACCUCAGGGUUAUAAGACCACUGCGAGUAGAGUAUCACAACCAUUGCUUUCAAAUAGCUUAUCAGUUUGUCAAUUUAUCAGUUAGUUUAGUGACAAAAUGUCAUUAAUAUGUUCAUUGAAUAGUUCUUCUUUUUCUAAAGUUGUACUGGUGGAGGUGUUCGUAUCAUGACCCUGUUGGCUUAUCUCUCAUCACAACCAGCCGUCAAAGUUUCUCUUCUUCAGCUUUUGAAAACAAGGUAGGUAUAAGCAGAAACAUUCAACCCCUUAUGAGUUUCUGGUAAAGUCACUUUGACACUGGGUCGUUGUUUUGUUGAAUUGCAGUAUGGGAUUGUUUUAGGGACCCAGUUUCAUUUACGACUUCGCAAUAACCAAUAAAAGAAGUCAUGUCCGACCUCAGUUAACAUUCCGUCGGAUACGAACCAAUUCUAUCUGGGCAAUUGUUCGAUAAAUGAAUAUUAUUUGCAGCUCUGAAUUAUGUCACGAUGCGAGAUCUUGAAGUGUAUUACUUUUAACACUGAACGCAAGCUUUCUUUCUGUUUUGCCCACAGUGGAAAUGCUAAGAAUGACGACUUGUUGUUCCCCAAUCUCCUGCCGUCCAUGUUGUCUUGUCUGAAGGGAGACCCAGAGAACCAGAUGGUGUCCAGAUCGCAGUACUGCGUUGUGGUAUGGAGGCUCGUUAGCGCGAUCCAUUCGAACAAGAAUUCGAAUUUGAAAUUGCAGCGGUUCCUUGCUGUCUUGCAAUAAUUUUGAAAUUCGAAAUUAAAGAUUAGCCUCGUGAGAAAAACCAAAACUUUCGAAACCUUUUUUUCCUGGAUUUUUUCGCUCAAUGUGAACCCAAGCAUCUCCGGAAGAACUGCUCAAAUGUAUCGCGCCCUAUCUCUCUGCUCUUUAACACCUACCAUUUCACUUGCUAUGAGACAAACCGUGAAAUUGUGAGCCACGGAAUACCCACACGGCCGGAGCUUUACAUUUUAAAUAUGAAGGCAGACAACUUACUUUCAAAGACUGACUUUGAGGUUGAGAUUUACCGCGUUUUUGCGCUAAAUAAUAGUUAGUCCUUAAACGCAGAAAUUAAUCUUGUGUUUUCUUUGUUACUUCAGUCUAUCGUGCAGUCCUUGUGUGAUCCUACUGUGAGUUUGAUGCCAUUUGAAACUCCAUUUACAGACCAGCAUGUGAGUUUUUUUAGUUUUUAGGUGUCCCUAAAGCCUUCUCUAAGCUCUCCACUGGCCUUCGUAGUUGGCGGGAUCAGAAUACUAGAAUGCGUUUUGGCGGCGAAGCCUCCGCGCUCACCAACCGUUAAGCCGUGUGGAAAAAAAAUCCAAUUCGACUCUGCCAAAUUCUUUUCGCGGUUUUGCAACCCGAACAGAAACAACAAAAGAACCCUUGGAAUGAAGCAGUCAUCCGCGAUGAAACUGGCCAGCUAAACCGACUAGCUCUCUUCUUGAAAAUCGCGAGAGGCGAAGCGAGACGCGUGGGAUGGCACCGGGAAUCAAAAAGAGGGAACUUCACCCAACCAUUUGUGCUACUGAAGCUUCUCCCCAAUUUUUUAGCAAAUGCGCUUAGAUUAUUUUACUGUAGAUGUUCACAUCCCUGUCCCUUUGCUUCAGUCAGGCUGCUAAGUAGCUAGUCUAAGGAUGACCAGACCGGCCAACCAGGCCUGGAGUUUCUUAAGACCGCCCAAGUUACGAGGUAUCCUAAACAGUGCUACGCUUAACAAUGAUCUAUUGUUGUCAAACAAUAAUUACGAUAUAGUUAUCUCAUCUUCCCACGCGGACGGUUUUUGGGCUUCGUCGCACGUUGUGGAAAGGAACUCGUGAUGAAGCCGUAAGAACAUCUUCGUGGGAUGCAAGAUAUAGUAUUUUUUAGGAAGACUUUCUGAAUCCAGUCCCAGCUCCGUCGUAUUCUGUCAGUCCUUCACAAACAGAUCCGUCAUUUUAAAGUCCCAGAGGCGUGGCUUUGUCCCUAAAGGGGGAAGGGCGAUUAUUAGAGGAGGGGUGAGCCUAUUGCAAAAACUGACAGAGUUUUCACGGUAUUUAUCUAUUUCUUUGUUGUAUUCAAUUUAUUGAAGUUGGCAAACACCUUGCCGGACAAGGAGAUGCUUGAGGUAAUUUGUGCAGCCUUGCUAGAACACAUGGGAUCAGAGCGUCAGUCAUUCGCCACUAUUCUGUUGGCCCUUAGAACCCUGCUGACUCUGACAGAACACAACUAUGGCGUCUAUCACCAGAAAAUGUACGUUUAUCCGGUUUUUGCUACCCUUUUUUUUGUGUGGUUUCUUUCUGAAUACUCUCUGUUAAUCUUCGAGUAUUACUCUCACAACGAGUUGGGCGACUUGAUGGGAGAUAAAUUGUGGGAACAUACUACUGCAGAUGUGGAAUGCAGUUUGUCAAAUUUAAUUGGCCGAUCGGUGGUCAGGGUAUCAAAAUUGUCCAUCUAGUAAAAACUUAAGUUGAGUCGUUUCUUUUGACUAUUUUUGUCAUUUUUUUACUUCUUGACCAUCAAGAUUUACAAGGCGGGAUUGAGAGAAGAGCUGUUCAAUAACUCGUGAAAGUGUUAAGUCUUGAUUCGAAAGAAAACUCCCACACCUCCCUUUUGACCUAAAUGAGAGAAGAUGCCGUAUGAAAGUUUCACGUUUCGUUUUAUCUUUGUUGCCAAAGAUUUCGUCCAUGGACUCAUGAAAUACAUUUCAAUUCGUGAUAAUUCACCAGAGCAUUCCUUAUAGGACAAAAUAUCUGAGCAGUGAUUGUUUAGGAGAUGAGGCAACGUGGUCAAGCGGUUAUAGCGGUUAUAGUCAUCCAGAGGCCCCGAGUUCAAAUCCCGCUCUGACUGCCAGCUGAAUUUGUUCUUGGUAGUCCCAAGUAGUCCCACCCAACUGGUUUGCCUCCUACCACUACGGGGCAGUUGGGAUUCUUAACCAUGUUAUGUUGCAUUUGAAUUACUUGUUUCAUUGUUCCUUAAAAGCCCCACAAGGGAGUUGAUAAUUAAACUAUUUAGUUACUAUUUAUUUGUUAUAUUCUUCAUUUUCCUAACAGUGCACUGGAGAAUAACAAUGAAGUGUUUUACCGUCUUCUUAAAAGGCUGUCUUCUUCUUUCGAGUAUGUUCUCUAUGCGUUGUUUCUUAGUUAUGUUUUGUUUUUUCUUAAACUCGAUAUGAUAAUGAAUGGCAAUAGUGGGUUCCGAUUUCUCGAGCAAAUAUUUCAAACGCUGUAAUUUUACCUUAUUGUUCGUAACGUACCACGGUAUCGUGCCGUAUCACAUCGUAUCGUACCGUACUGUAACGUAUCGAAUGGUUGUCGUAUCGUGUUGUUUUUUGUCGUUCCUUACCGUGUCGUAUGAAUUGUAUACUGUUUCAUUGAACUGCAUUGCAUUUAAGUUUUUUUUUCUUUUUUCAAGUAAUCUUUUUUUCCCUUUUUUUCACACUUGAUGUUUUAUGCCUGUAAAUUUGAAAGUGUUUACUUGAAUUUUUUUAUUUUUUGUCCAUACUUUUUAAGGCGCCUUAGAGCUAUAUCGAUUUUGGGCGCUAUAGGAAAUGGAAAUGAUAAUUGUAAUUGUAAUUGACGGUAUUGUUUGGGGUAAAGAGCAGCAGUGUCCCUCUCAUGAUAAAGUAUGUAAUUGUUACGCAGGAAUGGAAUACCUGGCCCAGAUAACCUGUCUACACUUUCGACAACCAUCGAGUUACUGCAGUUGUUGCUUCCCGAAGACUCGGCUGAGGUGAUCCCAGACCAAGAAGAUGACGCCAUGGAGGAAGAACCGCUUAAACGGACCACGGAAAUCAGCAUUAGCGCUGCACAGAUGAGAAGCUUCCUUAAAUUCGACAGUGCAGCUAAGGAUGGUCCCCUUAAAACACUGGAAAAGCGGCUUGAGGUUUGUUGUUUGAAGUUAGUAAACCAACUUUCUAAAGUUGGUCGUUGAUAGUAGUCUGUAAAAUACGUAAUACAUGUCGCAGAGUCCCAGUCGAAUUGAUGUUUCCCUUGUAUACUUAGAACAAACGCCACUGAAUUGUAGUCAACAGUUACCAGCACAGUACAAACGACUUAUUGACGGACUCAAGCAAAACUAACUGCGAGAGAAGGACUGGACAACCGAUAAUUUGACAAACAAUAAACAACUAUUUAAUUGUGACAACAGACGGAUCGAAACGCACCAAUGACAUCAAGAGUCUUCAUAGACAAUAAAAUCACAGUUCAACUGACAAACGACCAAUAAAAUCGCGACUUAAUUGACCAUUCAGGUCAAUAACCAUAGAUUGAUACCAUCAACUGACGUGACACAACUUAGAGAUCUGAUGAAUAUGACCCUUUGAUUGGCAGUAACUUGAAUGGUACCGGUGUCUCUUGUUUCAGGAGAGCUGCAAAGAAGACGAGGCCUUAGAGCCGCUCUUAGAUGCAGUUAGGGUUCUGAUCACUAUACUGAGUAAAACAGAAACUGACACCGACAAAGAACCAGGUAUGACGAAUACGAACGAUUAAUAUGAUGAAGAUGCAAACAGCUGAUGAAGGAACGAAGUGAUUUAACGAUAACGGUUAUUGGUGUAGGGAUUUGUUUGUAACAGGUUUGACACCUUUGAAAUACUGGAAUACGUCAUCAACCGUUUUAAAGGGGCUCUGUCAGGGUAUUUGCCAUCUUUUUAAAAAGCUAAACCUUCUCUUCGCAUCAUUUGUUGCGACGGAUGGUAAGAAUAAGGGCGAACAAUUGGCAUUAGGGAGCUUUAGCAAAGACUUUUUUGAGCGACGCACGUAAACCGGAAGUGGGACCUUCUCCCUUAUAAUAUGCAUUGACGCUUCCAAAUUUGUAUUGUUAAGUUACUUUGCCUGAAAAUUUAGGCAAAACCACUGCCCAAGAAUGUAAAACGUCCACUUCUAGUUGACGUACGUGGCUGCAAAAGGUCUUUGCUUAAGCUCUCUGUUAGCAAGAAAAUGAACUUGCCGGGCGUGACACAGCCCCCUCUUCUCCCCCCUUAAAAUGGCAGCCAACAAAAGCAAAGAUUCUUUACCGCGUUUGUUCUGUUUACAGAGGAAGUAACUGAACCACAGCUGCCAGCGCCGCUUCCACUCCAGGCCCUCUUCGUCAACAGACUGGUUUUUGUCGCUGGUGAAGCUGAGGAUGGUAGGGUCAGCCCAACACUGUGGUACUCCACCCCUCCCCCCGACGAUAUCGACCCUGAAGUUGAUCUGGUAAGACACAGGCCUCCACUCGCCACGUUAAAAACGAGAAGGAAGCUGGGCCGAAUUAACGUUCGCAAUGACUCUUGGGACUGUUACUGGGGACUUUGGAAAAUCAGUGGCCAAUAGCUGACCGACGCGUGCCCAGUAACGAUCCCAGAAGUCCGCUUGCGCAGGUUAACUCGGCUUAGUUUUCUUUUCGUUUUUAAAGUAGCGAAUAGGCCUUGAAUAGAAGCACUGUCUCUCCGUCCUGAAACACUGCUGAACAUUUUUUCGUUGUCUCUAAUCUUAUGAACUGGCAUAAUCAAAUUCCUCUUUCAGCUUAAGGCUGAAAAAAUCAAAAUUUAAUUUAUCGUUGUCAUUCUAUAACGGGUAAACUGAGAGAAAAAAACAACGCCACUGAAGUCGUAUAGACUUCUUCAGAAACUCUCUGAAGUGUUUAAAUCUUACGAUUUUGACCAUACAUUCAACAGUGAAGCAUAAUGUAUACUGCCACAAAAACGUUUAAUAUACUUAGUGGGUCACACUUUUUGCACCACAAAGGCUAGAACCACUUUGUACAGCAUAUUUCAACAAUUCGGUGGAACAGCAUGCAUAAUUCAGUAUUAGUCACGUGAUUUGUAUAAAUUAUUUACCAUGUGCUUUUCAGAGGCGCUCGCACUCGCACUCGCACUUUUACUCGGUUCGUAUGGUUCGCAGUUCAACAGAUUAAACGAGUUAAUGUGUUAUAUGAAGGCUUCUUGUUUCAAGUUCUUCAAAUGCAACUGAAAAGUACUGCGCGGCGGCCUCCUUGUGAAUUGAGUCAUGAAGAUUUCGUCCACAGCCUUUAAAAACUAGAACCACUAGUUUGCGCAGUAUCAGAAACGGUGUAAAGGGGAAGUGCUCUUCAGUAGCUUUAGAUUCAAAAGACACUUUUUAAGAUUUCGUCCACAGACUCAAGUGUUAGAACCACUUUGUAUAGCAUAUUAAACACUGGCGCAGGAAAGUACUGUUCAGUACUGGUCGCACUUUGAUAUGUCACCCUGACGCAAGGGUUUACCACUUUUUAAUACGACCGAUGAAAUUACCACUGCCGUUGCACAAUGCUGUAGUUGCCGUGCGAGCGUGGGUUUUUCUCUGGCAUGGUUUUUAGCGUUAUCGAAGUCAUUUGCAUCGCAUGUCAGUCGCGUAGUUGGUGACAUCCGACGGAAACGACUUCAUAAACGCUAAAAGCCAUGCAAGAGAGGAACUUAUGCUCGCAGAGUAUGCUGUAUUUACCGGGAAACUUGAAUAAUGGGCACAUUAUGCUAACACAGGCAAGAAACCUGUUCAAUUACCCGUAAAAACGUAAAUGAAUCUCCGUGCCGAAUUACGAUCAGCAUGAAUUUGGAUUUUCACAGAUAAAAAGCAGUCUUGAUUCUCUGAGAGAGAAGUUUUGUCCCGACUUUGAUCUUAAAGCCGAGCUGGAGAAAGGACUGGUACCCUCGCCCCCAGGCUCCCCUACACGCAAGAAAAGCCACAGGUAAAUAUGACGUCAUUUUUUUUAUUCCGGUGUAGAAUACUGAGUAGGUUUCUUAUCAUGUUGUUUCUUGUUAUUUAAGAGCCAAAAGAAAGUACGAUCCGCUGAUAUCUGGUCAGCGAAAAGAUUACAAGAAAAUGAAAACAGGUUUGUAAUAGGUUUUAGUUUGAUACAAACACAGAACAGUCCGAUGAAAAUCCAUGGUUGACGCCAGGAACCCUGUUGACGCCAAUUCCGCUUCCUAGUUGUUUGAGCACUGUAUGCGUAUACGAAACUUGGGAUUUGAAGUUUGGAAGAACAUUUCAGAUUAAAUACAGUGUCAACUGCACAUAUACUCGAGUUACAAACAGUUUAAGAAACGGCCCCUGAUUUUGCCUGAACUGUAAGACUUGAAGUGGCGCAGAAGGAGAGGAUGGAAGAGAUGGCCUCCCCCCAUGGUUUACGAGCUGAAAUGCGCCUUUCAAAGUGUAUAUGGUUAUUUUGUGAUUUAUUUUCUACUUUUCUAGCUCCUUCAGUGCCAAUGCGGGGUGGCGGCCGAGGAAUGAGAGGCAUGGGUCGAGGACGUGGUAAUCCACGUAUGAAUGACAUAUUUAGGUCACGUAAACAAAACACGAGCCGCCCACCUUCUAUGCACGUGGACGACUUCAUGGCCAUGGAGCAUGCUAAGACCCAGGACUCCCCGCCUAUGAGAAGGCCUGGUCCCAAGGUAGGGGAAAAGACUCAAAAAUAUGAAAUAUUUCUUGUGUUUUGACAAUUGCAGCUAUAGAGUUAUUUUGUUUUUUUUUUUCAGGGCCCUCCUAUCGGGCGAUCGAUGGAUCAUGGCCCUGGGGGCUUUAUGGAUAACCAGGGCCGUUGGACAGGAAUGCCCGGCGGACCACUCCGCAAAGGUACUAGUGGGACAUUUCAACCUGUGACCUCUAUACACAGUCCUGAUUGUCGACUUUUUUUUCUCUAUCCUUUAAGGUCCUAAUAUGGAAAAUCAAGGAGGAAUGCGCGGGCCUGGGUCCGAAUGGGGUAAUCCUCGACAAUACCCUAUUGGAUCGUUUCCGGGUCAAAGGAACUUCCAGCGAGGGUAAGAGUUAUGUUUACUUUUACUAUAAUUGUGUAAUGAUCUUUCAGUGUAUCAGCAAAAGUCCUUGAAUAGUAUUAGAGUGCUACAGCGGCAGAGGCUUGUGUUUUGUCCACGGAGGUCUCGCUUAAUUUUUUUCAACGACAGUGCAUGAGGUGUGUUUACGGGGAAGAUUAGCUCGUGAACGGUGAAUCAAAUAUAAACAUUGAAAUGCAUGUGAAAAAACUAAAACCUUGCCUUAUUGCCAAGGCUCAGACUCAACCAGAGUCACAAAGAGUUGAGAAAGACGGUGAGAUCAGCCCGUUCGAUAGACAAGGUAAGUAAAAAAUAAACUGAGUAAAACUUUGCGGAUAUUGCACAAAGAUGACCCGUUUAACUUUGCGCAAACAUUUUAGAUCCUACCGGAACCCGGGACCGUUAAACAUGAUGCUGGCGAUUCUCACGUUUGCUUUAUGGUUUCUUUUCUUCCUUUUAGACCUAUGUGGGGCUCCCAGACUCCUCAGCCGUACAGAGGUAACCGCUUUGUAUUAGCCUCAGCUCUGAAAUUCGCCACUAUAGAAACGAGGAAACUGGGCACGACUGACGUUUGCAAAGACUUCUGGGACUGUUACUACCGACGCGGCCCCAGUAACGAUCCCAGAAAGCAUUGCGCGACGCAUUUCGGCCCCAGUUCUCUUCGUUUGUAAAGUGGCGAUGUUACAGUGAUAUGGGCAUCCCCAUUCCCAAAACCCUAGUGACAUACGCGUCCCCUGUAACCCUAACCCUAACGCUAAAUCUACCCCAAAUCGCUAAGGUAAUAUGAGAAAGGGAUGCUCAUAUCACUAGGGUUUUGGGAAUGAGGAUGCCCAUAUCACUGUAACAGCGAAUUACAACAGUCUGGUGUUAAGCAUGUCAGACGUUCAACCAGGUGUUCGAUAGCUGAAAUCAUGUUUCACCGCUAUAUUGUGUUAGUGCUAUAGACAACUUCAACUUCAAUCCACUCGGACCACGCGCCAUUCAUUUGGAUUAUCAGGUAGAAAACGGUUCAAUCAACUCUUCUCAGAAGCUCAUCGCGUAAUAAUCUACUGGAUAGUGGAUAUAUUUAACUCUGGGUAAAGGAUUUUCUUACUUUGAGGAAUUGAUGUCGCUGCCGUGGAAAAAGAUUAACAACAUCCCGAGAGGUGGGGAGGGAGAAUGUUGUGUUAGGGGGUUGUUAGGAGUUGUUAGUCAGAAGCAGAAGCUAAUCCCAAGCCCCCAUCCCAGCAUAUAUCCGAACCUUUCCAUAACAGCCUCCUUGCAAACAGACGACAGUAAUAGCUGGUCGCCGCAGAGACUUAAAAACAGGGGUGACUGUAUCCGUCGGGACAAUAAAAUGGGAAUGUUGUGGAGAGCUGACCGUAGAGGUUCGAGUGUAUUUUGCCUGUUUUAUUUUGUUUAACUUUUUAAGAACCGUUCUGACUUGUUAUGCGCCGUGAUUCUCUUGGUAGUUAUUUUCAAUGUUUAAAUGACAGGCGGAGGUGGUGGAGGAGGAGGAAUGAGAGACUACAAUCGACCACAGAUGCGAGGAUACUGGGACGCACCUAAAUCCAAAGACGACUCCAGGUCAGUAGAUUUCGCGUAACAUUUACUCUCGUCCUCUCAUCCGCGGUAUUUGACAGUUCAUUUCAUACGUGAUCUACUGCCAUGUGAUAUAUUAAAUUAUUCUUGGCUUCGAGGCUUGUGGAAAUUCGUUACUUUAGAAACGAGAGGGAACUGGGCCGAGUUAACUUUAGCAAAUGCUUCUGGGAUUGUUGUCCGGGACAGGGAAAAAUUUGGCCAAUAGCUGACUGGCGCGUCCCCAGUUACGAUCCCAGAGACAAUUGCGGGACGCUCAAGUUGCCUUAUUGUUUUUAAAGUGGCGAAUAGAACAAAGGAAAUAGAUUAUUCAUCCCUGAACCUCAAAGCGAUUUCUUUUGCUUUAUUCCCCCGAGCCUCGGAGUCGAGUAUGAAUUUUAUGUUUGAAAAUAUAUCAGAGGUUGCCUAUUGGAGAUAAGAGAGAGCUGUAGGUUAAGUCAGGCUCCUGGUUAUUUUUAGCAGCCCAUGCAAUAGGCCCCUUACGAGUUCCAAAAACCUUCACUUUCAAAAUGAGGCCAAGAGCACAGCCUUUCUUGUGAAAAUGAGGUUUAUUUGCAUAAGAAUGAAAAAUCAUUUCCAUAUCAAAGGCUGAGCACUUAACCUCGUUUUGAUACAGAGACCCGGAUGAACUCGGAAAUGGCGUAUUAAACUGGCACCAGAACUUAACAAAAUCAAGGAAUGAAUGACUAAAACCGUGGCCCUUUCGAACUUUUUAUUUCUAGGUUUAUGCCUCCCCCCAAUGUUGGUGGAUACCGUCCCGGUACAGGGCGAGGUUACGCAGGCAGGCAUAUGAGGUCAUUUACGCGGUAG